AUGUCGUCAAAAGUUUUCGUAACGCAGGUUAUAUCGCCCGUGUACAAGUCGCAGGCAAAGAGAUGUGUUCAAAGGCUGGAGAUAGCGGGCCAGGAUGCCGCACAACGAGAGCUUGACUGCCUCUGGAAAAUUUUGAUACCCCCUCACGAAGCUGCCAUCCGGUUACCCAAGCUUCUUGGUCUGAUCUCAUCACCCGCAAAUGGUAACACGAUUGGUUUCUUGGAGGAUUAUAUCCCAGUCUCAGAAGCUUGGGAAUUGUCGACACUUGGAAGGAUCGAUAAUGUCUCUACGACUGACGAGAGCCGUGGGAAGAAGUGGACAUCUCAGGUUCGGGGCACAGUUGAUCUUCUUCAUGAGAUUGGUAUUAUAUGGGGUGAUGGCAAGGUUUCUAAUGUAUUGAUUCAUCGUGAAACGGACGACGCAUGGGUCAUCAACUUCGGGGGCGGCUGGACUGAAGGUUGGGUAGAUGAAGAAUCAAGCGGAACUGUGAAGGGAGACGAGAUGGCUGUGAAAAGGAUAUUUGAGUACCUGCAAGUUACAUCACCUAACAAAUGA